UUAUUGCUCUAUUUUAUAUUAAUAUAAAAAACAAAAAUUCCCCCUGUAUUCCAUUUUGCUGCAUAGACCUCACCUCUAUGAAUCCCAAAUCAGAUAAACCCUAGAUUCACAGAUCACAAAUCACAACAUCAUAGAAAAGAAAAGAAUUUUUUUCCCUUUUUCUUUCUCGAAUUGCAUUUUCUUACGGUAUCUAACCAUACUCUCAGUCACCUAAAUCUCCAGCUUCAAGAUCAACACUUUGGGAUUUAUCAUUUUCUUCUCUUGUUUUAUUUAGUAUGCAUAGAUCGGGAGCCGCUAUGGCUUGGAACGUAUUCAAAUUCUGUACGGCCCUACGCGGCUUGGGCUCGAUCAUGAUCUUGUUGGUGCUUGGGGUUGUGGGUGUCACCUAUUACGCCGUCGUUUUAACCAAUUAUGGCCCCGCUUUGUACGAUAGUGGACUUGAUUCUUUCACUGCUCUUGCUGUGUUGAUCCCAUUUCAUUGUUUGUUGGUGAUGCUAUUAUGGAGUUACUUUUCUGUUGUUUUAACUGAUCCGGGUACUGUGCCUCCUAAUUGGAGGCCUUCUAUUGAUGAGGAAAGAGGUGAGGUUGACCCAUUAAAUGCCUCAGAUUUCAGUGGCUUGCCGGCCAAUCCAUCUAAUGAAAGAAUCCGGUAUUGCCGGAAGUGCAAUCAGCUGAAACCACCUCGUUGCCACCAUUGCUCUGUUUGUGGGAGGUGUGUGCUAAAGAUGGACCAUCAUUGUGUAUGGGUUGUAAAUUGUGUUGGAGCAUUAAAUUACAAAUAUUUUCUUCUAUUUUUGUUCUACACAUUUCUUGAGACAAGUCUUGUGACUUUGUCGCUGCUGCCACACUUUAUAGCAUUCUUUAGCGAUGGUGAAAUUCCUGGCACACCUGGGACUCUUGCAACCACAUUUCUUGCCUUUGUUUUGAAUCUGGCAUUUGCAUUGAGUGUUCUGGGAUUUCUGAUCAUGCACAUAUCCUUGGUUUCCGCUAAUACCACUACUAUUGAGGCAUAUGAGAAGAAAACCACGCCAAAAUGGCGGUACGACCUUGGUCGUAGGAAGAAUUUUGAACAGGUAUUUGGGGCAGAUAAACGAUACUGGUUCAUUCCGGCUUAUUCAGAAGAAGAUUUGCGACGGAUGCCUGCACUUCAGGGUCUUGAAUAUCCAUCAAAGCCUGACUUGGAUUCCCAAGAGUUCUAGGUAUCAGUCAUGUCAUGGAACUGGAAAAUUUUCUUUUCAUAACAAUAGAUAUGGAGCCCAGCCAAAAUGUGCCACUAUGUCCAAAACAUUGAUAAACAAAUUGCAGCUAGUAUGGGCUCCUAACCAUUCAUUCCCACGUCUUAUUUGUGAAAUAACUGGAGAGAGAGAGAGAGUUUUGAGAAUCAGAUGUUGAAGAUCAAAAUCUAGGUUGCAGAAUACUGGGGAAGGCACGAAGGGCUGAUAUUUACUUGUUCUAAUUGUGAGGAGGAAUUUGGGAACAGCAAGAAAAGAAAUGUAACGUUGUUGAUGUCGUGGGAUGCUGAUGUUGAUGUUCCUGUAGGUUUUGUUGUAUAUUUGAUUGAAUGGAAAAUAUAGAAAAUGAGUCUCUGGCUUUUACCUGCCUCCGCAGAGGUGGCAGAUCCC